ACCACGGCCAGAGGAGCGCGCUGGAAGAGCUCAACCGGAGUGUGCUGGAGCGAGUGCUCGCGCGCACCUAUUCGUCUCCACCGCCUUUACCCGUCACUGACUGAAACCCCGCAGCGCUGUGAGCUGGAACUGACCGCUGUCCACAUGCCGUUUCACUACACGGAUCUCUUCUCUCACCCGCUGUGGUUCGUCUGCACCAUGUUUCUGGCCUUGGUGACGCGCGCGCAGCGGAGAAGCAGCUGGGUCCCGCGCGCGUGUCCUGUUAAGCUCACGGGCAAAACGGCGAUCGUGACCGGAGCGAACACAGGGAUAGGAAAGUUCAUAGCCUUGGACUUUGCACGGCGUGGGGCACGGGUGAUUCUGGCCUGCAGAAAUGAGGCUCGUGGGACAGCAGCACUGCAGGACAUUCGCCAGUGUAGCGGCAACCAAAACGUUCACCUGCGGCUGAUUGAUACAUCCUCCCUCGAAUCUGUCCGCAAAUUCGCAGCUCAAAUCCUACAGGAGGAGAAGGAGCUCCACAUACUCGUCAAUAAUGCUGCGGCUUCAGGCCUGCCCAGAGGAAUCACCCCAGACGGACUGGAAGUGUCCUUUGCUACCAAUCACAUCGGGCCUUUCCUGCUCACUAAUCUGCUUCUAGACCUCCUGAAGAAAUCAGCUCCGGCCCGCAUUGUGAACAUUUCCUCUGUAAACCACUGGAGAGGAAAAGUGGACUUAUCUCAUUUCCACGGUGAUAACUUGACCUAUAGGAUGGACAGUGUGUACAAUCACACCAAGCUCCACAAUAUCAUCUGGACCAAUGAGCUGGCACGCAGGCUGCAGGGAACAGGUGUGACAGCAAACUCUCUGCAUCCAGGUGUGGUUAUGACAGAAGUUAUGAGACACUAUAACUGGUUGGUUCGAUUGAUCUUCAACACGAUCGGAAUUUUCUUCUUCAAGUCCUCUGAAGAAGGUGCGGGCAGUGCAAUAUACUGUGCAGUAGCAGAAGAGACAGAGGGGAUCACAGGAAAAUAUUUUGACAGUGACUGCUCCCUUGUCCUCCCGGCUCCAGAGGCCAGAGACCCUGCUGUAGCGGCCAAAGCCUUCGAGUAUUGUGAGAGGCUGACAGCGAAGCUAUAAUCCACUGGAGGACCAGCAAACCUGCUCAUCCAUCACCAUAGCACAGUACAGCACCCGUAAUUGCCAAGAAAGAUUGGAAAUUCUAGUGUAUCUCUGCAAAGAUUUUACAAAUGCUUAAUGUUUGUGUGAUGCCAGAAAAUGCCAGAAAUAUGAUAAACUGCUAUAAAUGCUGUUUAAUAAUAUUUGUGUAUCUUGAGCAAAUUAAUUCUUUUUUCAUUACUUUGGCUACUGUUAUUUAGGAGUCUUAUUUAUUAUGUAUAUUUUUGGUGCACUUGUCUAUAACAUUUGAAAAAGCCAGCUGGGCCUGUCACAAUCAUGAAAUUUUAGUGAUCAUCAUUUUAGCUUAAAUGAUUGAUUUGUAUAAAGUACUGGCCCUGUCGUUGGGAGAUGGUUUCCAUGAGGAGAUUGCAAUUUGAUCCCCAGUGAUAAUACAGCCAUACGUAGCUGGACAUCAAAAACAGCGUAAUUGGCCUUGCUCUCUCCACAUGAGUACACUCUAAAACCUGAUGAGUAAACUCCAAUGAUUUGGUGAAACGGAUUGCCUUGAACCAUUUAAGCUCAGUAACUAAAAUCAUUAGACCAUAAAUAAUUCCCUGAACUUGGUAUUAAAUAAACAAAUUUAAUCAUUUAAAUCUGAUUUUAAAAUUAUUAUGUAUUUUGGACUCACACACAACAAUUACACUAACUCUUUAAAUGGCCAGAAGAAAGUUUUACUACAUACUUCUAGCCUAAGAAUAACACCGUAGUUCAUGUUGUUACUUAAUGAUAAGCCAUAAUAUUUAAUACGCCAGGGAUUUUAACAGGUUAAAUAAUUUCACUUUAAGCUUCUAAGGUCUAAGGGCUGGGAGUCAAUCAUGAAAGGAAGCUUCAGGCUCGAUUCCACACCGAGACAAUCAGGUUUUCCUGCAUCCACAUCUUAGUAGUCUUGUGAAAAAUGCAUCCUUUCUCAACUCACACAUCAAUAAUCCAACUCUAUUUUACUUUAAACACAGUAAAAUCUAGUGUUGGUAACAAAAAAUUGCCUUACCUUGAAACAACGCUGCCUGUGCUGAAACAUCUACCCAAGUGAAAGAGGUGAUAGAGGAGAAUCAGGUACAACUUACAUUCCUCAUCAGUCAUCUAAGUUAAUGUAGCUGGCAUUAGCUCUCUAAAUUUCUUUCCUAAGGUAAGAAUGUAAUUAAUAUUGUACUCUUUAUUUUGUCAAAUGUCCUUCUUUGUCUUCUCUAUGUUUUUGAAAUUGAGAUUAUUAUGAGGAAUUGACUCUUGGAAUAAACUCCUUUGAUUUCCUUCA